AUGUCGUCUAACGUUGCAAGUUCCUCCGCUGGUGUUCCUGUUAUUUCUCUUCCGACAUUCGAGGAAGUGAGAGGAUAUAAUGCCGUAGAACUUAAUGGAUUCUUGAAAGGGAGGUUAGGCAAUAUUGAUAAUCACAUAGACACGUUAGCAGCUGGAGAAGUCGAUGGCUCAAUCUUUUUUGAUUUAACGUACGAAGGUCUUAAAGCUCAUGGAAUAUCUCUUGGAGCUUCUACAAAAAUUAUGAAGUUGAUUAAUGAAUAUAAAGGAGGGUAUAAACGAAGAAAAAUUGAUGAUGAAGAAGAAGUUAAAAGUGAUAACUAUGAUAAUGAAUCUCUUGAAAAGGUUUGGAAAGCUUUCAAGGAUGCGACAAUAGAUGACAAUGUCCUUAAUCUAUCCAAUGAUGCUUCCUAUCUUCUGGGCGUUGACGAUUACGAAAAUCCAAUAACCACUAUAUUCAUCCGUGAUUGCUAUCUCGAUUUGUCCAAGAUAAUUUUUGAAAGUAAUAGGUCUCGUUGGCGUAUUACCGGAAAUCCGGGGAUUGGGAAAACCUUCUUCGGUUAUUACUUGCUUUAUAUUAUUGCAAAAGCCAAUGGAACGGUCAUAUACCACCAACAUCACAGAUCUCCGAUUCUUUUCAGCGAAGACAAAGUUUACUGUAACGCUCGGGAGCCGAUGGAAUUUCGUGGAAAAACUAUUCUUGUCUGUUCGCCCCAGACGACAUACUAUAAAACGUUUGAUUCACUUGGGAUAAAUGUACGAUACAUGCCGGUGUGGUCUCUUGCAGAGAUCGAUAUUUGUAGGGAUAAAAUUGAUAUUUUCAAACAUCUUACUAAAGAAGAAGUUCUGGCUCUGCAUUAUAAAUGGGGUGGGAUUCCUCGAUUUGUCUUGUUUCAUGCUCUCAAUUACAAUUCGCAAAAACAAUUGGAUUCUGCAAUUAUUGAAGUUGAAAAUAGCAUAAUGUAUUUUGUUGGUGAAACCUCUUCGGGCAACAGUGCUAUUCAUAAUCUCGUUCAUAUCUGUACAAAUGUACCAUUGAAAGAGGCGGAUCAAGCAGAAGAGGUGGAUCAAGAGGAAGAGGCGGGUCAAGAGGAAGAGGCACGAAAUAUACAAAAUAAAGGAAAGGGGAGAGAAAUUGAAGGAUCUUCUACAUCAGCAACUCUCGUGAAUCCAACUAUAUCGGCAGACCUCGCAACUUCCAUAGAUUCUAAACUCGCUGAUAAAAUGUCUUAUUAUAGUGAAUAUAUUCUAGAGUUUGCGUCUGAUUAUGUUUCCGAAAUGGUAAUGAACAAACUCGCUGAAAAACACAAGCAAGAAUUGCUAGAUUUUGUGAAUAGUAGCGAGGAUUUGAAUGAAUUUGGUUCACUCCGAGGUACUAUGUUUGAGCGACUUGCUCAUCGAAAGUUGCUACGUGGAGGAAAAUUUAAAGUUCGCCCUAUAGAUCUAUACUUCAAAAGGAAUGAUCCAUUUCUUGUACUGAAUAACAUGGAAAAAUUGUUGUUUAGUGACAUUGAUGAUAUUGGAGAUGCUACAAAUACUUCCGGUACUACUAAAUAUUACAUACCAACUCAAAAAAAUAAUAAGUCGUUCGAUUCUUUUAUCCCUACAAACAAGUUCUUCCAGAUGACUAUUGCAGAGAGACAUCCUAUCGUCAAGAGUGGCCUGGAAAAGUAUAUUCGUGGAAUAACACGUCCAGAUGAGGAGAUCAGUUUUUACUUUGUUCUACCUGAAACAAGAUUUGCUACUUACCGAGAACAGAGUAUUCACACUACAAAGAAAACUGUUAUAAAGAAAAAACCUGCUUGGUUUGGUCGCUUUAAACAAUACGCUCUUGAACUUGACCUGAAGAUUAAAGAUAUAUAG